AUGGGAAAAUCCUCCAAGGACAAGCGAGACGCCUACUAUAGGCUCGCCAAAGAGCAGAACUGGCGCGCACGCUCUGCCUUCAAGCUGAUCCAGAUAGACGAGCAAUUCGACCUCUUCGCACACUCAGAUCCAGACAGCGUGACGCGCGUAGUCGACCUGUGUGCUGCGCCAGGCAGUUGGAGUCAGGUUCUAAGCCGUGUGCUGAUCAAGGGCGAGAGUUUUGGACGUCGCGCAUGGGAGGAAAAGCGGCGGAGGGAAUGCAGUGAGGAGCCGAAGCUGGAAAAUGCUAAAAGGGACGAGCAUAAGUGGGAAGCUGAGGGAGAGGAAGGGAAAGAGGAAGAGCAGGUCCUUAAACCGCGCAAAAAUGUAAAAAUCGUCGCUAUUGACCUCCAGCCCAUGACUCCGCUUGAAGGCAUUACCACUCUGAAAGCAGACAUCACCCACCCUUCUACAAUCCCCUUACUUCUAAAAGCGCUCGAUCCGGAUGACUACGCCGUUACCAGCGAUCUCACCACUUCUACCACCACUAGAAAUAUGCCACACCACCACCCGCACCCUGUCGACCUCGUCCUCUCGGACGGCGCCCCUGACGUAACCGGCCUCCACGAUCUAGACAUCUACAUCCAAUCCCAACUCCUCUACGCUGCGCUAAACCUAGCGAUAGGCGUGCUACGUCCCGGUGGCAAAUUUGUUGCCAAAAUCUUCCGUGGCCGCGAUGUAGAUUUGAUCUACGCACAGCUGAAGACCGUGUUCGAAAGAGUAUCCGUCGCGAAGCCGCGGAGUAGUCGGGCGAGCAGUCUGGAGGCGUUUGUGGUUUGUGAGGGUUUCAUUCCUCCCGUAACUAGUGCUGGCAAUGACGUUAAAACUCCAACUUCACAGCCAGCAUCAACAUCAGAGGAACGACAUGGCAUGCACCUCCUCUCCAAUCCCCUGUUCGGCGGUGCAGCGACAUCCACAUCCUCAACAACCAUCCCCACAGCCCCUCAUCCCACACGGUGGAUUCCACCCUUCAUAGCCUGCGGCGACCUAUCUUCAUGGGAUGCAGAUGCGUCCUACGAGCUGCCCCCGGGAUAUGUGAGUCUCGAUCCCGUGCAGCCCCCUACGGCGCCACCGUAUAAGCGUGCGCUGGAGUUGAGGAGGGAGAGGGGUGGUGCGUAUGGGAAGACGAAAGGGUUGGAGAUUGGUUGA